UUCAGUUGGCUUCGACAUUUUAAGUUGUUUACACACGCUGCUGCCCGCGCCGCAAAAACUCCUACACAUUGUCAUAGCAACACCACAGUGCGUGGGUGUAGCAGUGUAACUACAGAGUGAUCAUACACACACACGCGCGCGGGAUUUACCUAUAUGUGUGUAUGUGUGGGUAUUGGCUAGAAAACACGCGUGGAUCGUGCCGUGUUUAAUUUCGUACACCGCGUGUGUAAUAUAAGCAUAUUCAGUCAGCCUCUCUAGCAUACAGUAUACUUAUGUAUUACGCGCGUUCCCACUUCGGGACGAUGCCGGUUCGCGGUUAUUCGUGCUCGCGUGUGUGAGUAGCCAAGCAGUGUCUGCCCGAGAGUCGUGCGCGUCGCGUGCUGAUUUACUUUAUACUUAGGUUUAUCAAUCGCAAUAAAACCACAACAGAAUAAAAUAUAUUCUGGUGAUAACCAUAAACAUUGCGUCUAUUAUAUGGAAUAUUUAAGACAUUUGUGUGUAUUUUUAACAUUGUGUUACAUUGCGCAUGAUUAAAUGACUAAGUUGUGAACCUGGGUGCAGUAUAAUAAACAAAGGCUUGUGAUUGUGUGAAGCCGUGGAACUAAACCAGACCAGACGCAGUGCAGCAGCCGAAGAAGUUGAGACGCAGCACAUCAACUUCUUCGCUGCGGAUAUACCAUUCUCAAGAAGCACGUUGUGGGGCCGAGCGUGAAAGGAAACCGGCGGACAGUGAACUUUUGCCAACAAGUUCAGGCGUAGAAUGGGCGCUCCGGGCGACUUGCGCCGCUUCCUCGCGAUCAUCAUGAUGAUCGGCUGCGUAUUCCUGCUGUAUAUGUUUUGGGCCCAGCCUACAUCACCCACUAGCGUACCGCUACAGACGUUUGUUCCAGUUGUGACAUCUAAAGACUCAAACACACAUUACGCUAAAAUUGACUUUAGAUGGACGUGGACGUGCGAAAACAAGCGCUGCGUUCGAAAAGAAUCAACUGAAACCGGCGUGCACGUCUCAUUGACCACGUGCAGCAUGCUGUGCGGGUCAUCUAUGUUAUGGCCGCAACCAACUGGACCCACCACGCUCGGCAGCCAUUCUGUGAGCUUCGAUCGUGAACAGCUCACGUUCGAAACCACUGCGACUGAACCAGCGCGUUCGUACAUUCAAUAUUCCUUCGCCAUGUUCAACUCUAAUGUUGCCAAUCUGAUUCAGUUGCAAAAGAAUGAACCUUCUGCAACUCCCCAGCGAGAUUUUAAUAAGUUUAUAGUGAAAGUGUUUGUUGAACACAGUGAUAUCGUAAAAUUAACACUAAGCACCGAUGAGAGUUAUAAAUUGAUCCUGCGUAUGGAAGGUGAGAAUAUGAUUGGGACUGUGACUGCGAAUAAUUUCUUCGGGGCACGUCAUGGACUUGAAACAUUAUCUCAAUUGAUUUGGUGGGAUGAAUUCGCUUCCGGGGCAGGAUCUUUGAAAAUUGUAAAAGGUGCAAGUGUCCAGGACGCGCCAAAAUUUGCUUAUCGUGGUUUAAUGAUAGACACAGCACGGAAUUUUCUUCCUGUGGAGAGUCUCAAGCGUGUUUUAGUGGGAAUGGCCGCGAAUAAAUUGAAUGUAUUCCAUUGGCACGUCUCCGAUUCACAGAGUUUUCCACUCGUGCUGCCUAGUGUCCCACAGUUGGCGAAAUACGGUUCAUACUCCCCGGAUAUGGUCUAUACUGCAAGUGAGGUGAAGGAUUUGGUGGAGUACGCGCGGUUAAGAGGCAUUCGUGUGGUGAUCGAAGUGGACGUCCCCGCACAUGUGGGCAACGGCUGGACUUGGGGACCCGCCGAGGGUCUUGGCGAACUUGUGAUGUGCGUUAAUGUACAACCCUGGAGCUUAUAUUGCGGCGAGCCGCCAUGCGGGCAAAUCAAUCCGGAUAAUCCGCACGUCUAUGACGUGCUUGAGAAGAUCUACCGCGACAUCAUCGAGCUUACCGGCGAGUCGGAGAUCUUUCACAUCGGUGGCGAUGAGGUGAAUCUCGAGUGCUGGCAACAGUUCCGCAAUCGCACCAAUCCCUACGUGGACCUAUUUGAUGUGUGGGGGAAUUUCACCGUGGAGGCACUGAAGCGUGUGACGAAAGCCAACGGUGGUAAGCGUCCCAAGCACGUGAUGAUCUGGUCCAGUAACUUGACGAAACGACCCUACUUGACGAAGUUUUUGAAUAAAACCGAGGUAUUGAUACAGGCGUGGGGUGGGAGUGACUGGACAGAAACACCCGAGUUGGUAUCGAGUGGAUACAAUGUCAUUAUAUCACAUGUGGACGCAUGGUACUUAGAUUGUGGUUAUGGACGUUGGAGGGAAAAUGGUGGAGCUGCUUGUGAUCCCUACAGACCCUGGCAGACUGUUUACAUGCAUCGGCCGUGGAAUGGUGAUCCUGUGUAUCGAAAAAGUGUUUUGGGCGCAGAGGCGUGCCUGUGGACCGAACAAGCUGAUCACGUGUCACUGGACACACGGUUGUGGCCACGUGCGGCUGCAUUCGCCGAACGUGUCUGGUCUGAUGUGGGCACCAAGUCCAUCUACAAACAGGAGCAGUUGAGCAUCGAGGAUGUCUAUGCGCGUAUUCAAAUGCAGCGUGAGCGGAUGAUCAAGCGUGGGUUGAAGAACGAAGCGCUUUGGCCGCAAUGGUGCAGUCAGAAUCCAGGCAUGUGCCUUUGACCAGCCGUAAAUGUGUAGAGUAUAGAAUCUAUGAAUGUUUACACCUUCACCUGUCCUGUAAUGUCCUACAUGCUUGGUUGGGCAUUGGAUGCAAAUCGAAUCGAUUUGCAUACGAAAGCAUCUCCCCAUCAAUGAAUAUGCAGAAAGAAUAAUUGAGUGUUCAAUGUUGGACGUGGUUGUCAAGAAGAUGAAACCCUUUAUAUAUGGUGCACUUUUUUAAUAAUUCCGAAACUCUCACAGCAAAAAUAACUAAAACGAAAAAAUCACGGUGCACGGUGAUAUUAGCAUAAGUUGUACAUAAAUAUUUGAUCCUAUAAACUCGAUUGUGACCAAUGUUUGUGCCAAUAAUUAAUAAAUCGAAAAUUAUAAACUAG